AUGCUGCCGACCAUGGCAUCCAAAGCUCGCGCGCAUCGCGCUACCCCACUGAAGCGGUCCGACUCGGCAUCAGCUUCAAUGGAGAAGACACAACCAUCUGCUGUCUCAGCGCAAGCAGCUAAGGCCAACACGACCGUCACCAAUAGCGCGCAGGCUCAGCAGUUCUGGGACCGUCGUGGGGUCCCGGGCCAUCUCUUCGAAGUCAAUGGGAUCAACAAUGCGGAUCCGUAUACUAUCGUUCAGUCGCCAGCAGACACUGCUACAGACGCGCCCAACGCACCUGUGGCUCCAGCACCUCCCAUGGCUCCCUUAACUCCGACCGAGAUCGAGACCGACAAGCAUGCGGUCGUUCCGGCCUCGGUGCCCACCCAAGAGCCCACUUCUGCUAAGGGCACCACUGGCAACCUCGCUUUGAAUGCUUCUGAUACCGAUCGUCACGCUACUCCCACGCCCGAUAUCACCCACGCGAUCGAGGCCCCCACCAAGCGCAAGCGUUCCGACGACAACGAGACGCCCAUCAAGAAGUCAACUGCGGUAGAGCGCAAGGAAGGGAACGUAGGCAAAGGCAGCACCGACGCGGAGCCGCCCUCGAAGAAGCGCAAGACCCGAUCGAGCGCACCGGAGAAAUUCCUGGAGCUCGGCUCCGAUGGUGACGACGACGUUGUGGUAGUCGCUCAGCGCAAGCGCAAGAGCGCGACUAUCGUCAAGGCGCGGGAGGAUACGGCUGCCAUCGAGAAGUUGAAGUCCGCCGCGAAGUCUCAAGUCUCUGAGCUCGACAAGCUCAUCAAGCAGGAGGAGAAGCGGAAGUCAUCAGCAGCACGAGGCAACAUCUUCUCUCGAAACCCGAAGUUGAGGCGUUCGUUCAAUGACACGCUUUCGGCUUCGCGCAUGAGCCGUCCGCGCCCGAUCCCGCAGGCAGUCACGUCUGCCACUCCGCGCAACACCAUCGAGGUUGCCCGGUCACCCAUUGCAAAGGACAGCUCCUCCGCCGUGCACGCUCCUGACGCUUUUGCGGUCGAUGAAGAAGACCCCAACGUCACUCACGCCAACCUUCGUACUAUCAAGUACAUCAACGUUACGGCAACCGUCCGUAAUGUGCACAUCGACAGGAUCGUCCAAUCUCCGUUCCAGUACCCGAACGUGGUGAUAGAAUUCGACGAGAACGAUCGCCCCAUGAAGGCUCAAGUCACAAAGAUGACUGACGACGAGUACAAAGUGGCUUGCGAGGCGGCUUUGGGUCGUGAGAAGGAGAAGCGCAAACUCGAUGCUAAGCUUGCUCGGAAGAAUAAGUUUGGUACGGCGGAAUCCUCGUUGCACAAGGUCCAGGGUGGUAAGGUUGCUCGUAAGCCUCGCACGUCGCGAGCUCGCCCGUAG